AGUAGAUUCGGGUUGGGACUCCAUAUAAAGGUCGAAGUACCGCAUGCUUCAGUCACAUAACUCCUAGAAACCUUCUCAACCAACCAUGAAAGCCGUCUUUGUCCUGUGCGCCGUUUUGGCCGCUUUUGUUGUUGCUGUGAAUGGUGAUGCCGGCCGUUCGGCCUGCAAGGAUGAGUCGGAAAUCGGCCAGACAUACCCCCAUCACUUCGACCCGGCCAAGUACUGGCUCUGCGAGACGCUCGGCACUGCUGCCACCGAGGUGGACUGCCCCAAGGGACUAGCCUACAUGCACCUGCUGAAGGAGUGCAUUCCCUGGGCCAGCUACAUCUGGAAGAAGCCCGAGUUCCCACCAACUGUUGCCUAAUUCACGAUCCCAACAACCCCAAAAUAAACAAUUGUAAAAUGCAUUAACCAAA